CUUUAUACAGGAUAGAGUGAAUUAAAAGCACACUGACAAAAGACAACAACUGAAAAUCAUGAAGUUUCUUGUGGUACUUACACUAGCUGUAUUUUCAGGUUGUCAAGCCAACAUCUUCUAUGCUGAUGAGCCCAAGCCACAGCUGGAGCAGUUGACUGAUGAAUUCUGGAACUAUGUUGCCAAGGCAACACACACAGCAGAGGAAACUGUCCAGAUGAUCAGGACCUCCCAACUGGGUCAGGAAGUCAAUGCUAGACUAACACAGAGUGCUGACAUGGCCAGCGAAUAUGCCAUCACACUCAAAAACCAGAUGAAUCCUCUGGCUGAAGAGUUAAUGACCAAAAUCACUAAGGAGACUGAAGUGUUGAGGGAGCGUUUGGGUCAGGAUCUGACCACAGUGAGAGACCAACUGGAGCCCUAUGCUGAUAAUCUCAAGAGCCAAAUUCAGCAGAGAGUGGAGGAUCUCAGAGCAGCCAUGGCUCCAUAUGCAGAGUCCCUGGAUUCUGAGACCCUGAAGGCCACUCUGCUCCAGAGAAGUGAGGAGCUGAGAGGGAGUCUGGAGCAGAGCGUGAAGGAGCUGCAGGCUCAACUGGAGCCCUACACUGCUGAAAUCAAAGAGAAGGUGGACCAGCGCCUGCAGGAGUUCCAGAAGACCGUGACCCCUCUGACUGAGGAUCUCCAGGCCAAGAUUGCUGAGAGAGCCCAGUUUGUCCAGCAGAGUCUCACACCCUAUGCUGAAGACCUGAAGGAAAAGCUGGACCCCUACGCCCAGAACCUGAAGACCCAGCUCACCUCCCUCUACGAGUCUUUCAUUAAGACCAACUAAUGCUUGAAAGACUUCCUCUUUUGUCACCAAACUAUUGUUUCAUGACAGCACAAAUGACUUUAAAUCUGACAUAUACAUGUAAUCCUUCAUUCAUCUGUCCAAUAACAUGCCCUACUAUAAGCUAUAAGGCGAAAUUCAUAUAAUCUGUCCCUCCUUUGAUAGUGUUUCUUAUCUCUAACAGCUAAAUGGGCAAACAGAAUUGUAGAAAAUUAUAUUCUAUUUUAUUCUAUUUUAUGCAUUUUCCACUCUAAUAUACUAUUUUCUGUAUAAUGGUGUGUGUGUGUGUGUGUGUGUGUGUGUGUGUUUUUAAUCAAACUUAGAAACUGUAUUAUUUAUGAGUAAAAUGUGUUUGAUGUUUCUGGCAAGUUUACAAAAAUGCCAAAUAUUUAUUUUAAGUAUCAAUAAAAAACUAUUUAUUA